AUGGCUUCCACCGUCGAAGGAGGAGAUGUUGACAGUUGCGAUGGCCUCUUUAUGUUACCAUCGGCUCUCCUGGAGACAAUCAUGACGAAACUCGACGUGGCCUCUCUCUGCUCGUUGGCCUCAACUUGCAAAACACUCAAAAGCUGCGUCACUCGUGUCCUCACUUUCACUCCCAACUUCCACGUCUUCAAUGUUUCACUGUCAAUGGAAACUGUUAGGCCGUUGCUGUUUCCUAAUCAGCAACUCUCGAGCCUUAAGCUUGACUGUGGACGCCUUGGGAACUCAGCUAUUGAUAUACUGGCACGUCCUUCUCUUAGAGAGAUCUCUCUUCACAACUGUCGUGACUUCAGUGGAGAUCUCAUCUCUGAAAUUGGAAGAAAAUGCAAGGAUCUAAGGCUCCUCUGUUUGGGCUCUGUGGCAGAGAAAGUUGGUCGAACCGUUACACGUGCUGCUUUGGAAGAUUUGCUGAAUGGUUGCUCCCAUUUAGAGGUCUUAGCACUCAUGUUUGACCUUUCCUUAUAUCUACGCCCUGGUGAUGGUCGCAUUUUCGGAUUGGUCUCUGAUAAACUCACCCAUCUUGAGCUUGGACACAUCUCCUCAAGGAUGAUGACUCAGCUACUCACACCAACUGAAACUUCGUCUACAUCACUCCAAAACGUCCAGCAGUUGCGCCUCUCUGUUGAUUGCAUUACCGAUGCUGUUGUCAAGGCAAUAUCUAAAUCUCUUACGUCGCUGAUAGAUUUGGAUCUGAGAGAUGCGCCUCUUGAGGAUCCAAGGCAACUAUCAGACCUCACGGACUACGGCCUCCAGGAGAUCAACCAAAACGGUAAGCUGAAGCAUCUCUCUCUGAUCCGUAGCCAGGAGUUUCACACUACUUACUUCCGCCGAGUUAGUGAUCAAGGGAUGCUGUUUCUUGCUGACAAAUGCUUGGGGAUGGAGAGCAUUUGUCUUGGUGGGUUUUGUCGUGUGACGGACGCUGGUUUCAAGACUAUUCUGCACUCUUGUGCUAGCCUCUCCAAGUUUAGUAUAUACCAUGGACCUAAACUAACCGAUCUUGUUUUCCAUGACGUCUUAGCAACUACUCUUUCGCUUACUCACGUUAGCUUGAGGAGAUGCCAUCUUCUUACGGAUCAUGCGAUUCAGAAGCUGGCGUCAAAUCUUAAGCUGGAGAAUCUUGAUUUAAGAGGGUGUAGAAACAUAAGGGAUGAAGCGUUACAAGCCAUCUCACAUCUACCGAAACUGAAGGUUUUGCUUCUUGAUGGCACUGAUGUAAGUGACACAGGGCUUUCUUAUCUCAAAGAAGGAGUUUGGGAUUCUCUAGUCUCAUUAUCUGUUAGAGGCUGCAGAAACUUAACAGACAAAUUCAUGACUACUUUGUUUGAUGGAUCCUCAAAGCUAGCUCUCCGUGAGCUCGACUUGUCUAAUCUUCCGAACCUGACAGAUGCUGCUGUUUUUGCUCUUGCAAAAUCCGGAGCUCCAAUCACAAAGCUCCAGCUAAGAGAAUGCAGACUGAUAGGGGAUCCUUCAGUCAUGGCUCUUGCAUCUACACGUGUUUACAAAGACGAAUGUCCUGGAAGCAGCUUGUGUGUGUUGGAUCUUUACGACUGUGAUGGCAUAACUCAGCUCUCAUUCAAAUGGCUAAAGAAACCGUUCUUCCCAAGGCUCAAAUGGUUAGGGAUCACCGGAAGUGUGAACAGAGAUAUUGUAGAUGCUUUGGCGAGGAGGCGACCUCAUUUGAAGGUAUCUUGCCGCGGAGAAGAGCUUGGAAACGAUGGGGAAGAUGACUGGGACUCUGCGGACAUACAGCAGCACAUGGAAGCAGAGGAAGAUGAGCUUGAACAGUGGAUUCUUGGAGAUGAAAGUGAUGUUGAGAUGGAGGAUGCAGAAGACGAGAGUGAUGAAGGAAUUGAACAAGAAGAAGAAGACUGA